AUGGAGUUAGAUGAAGAUGACGCAGCCAACACGGUAGGCGAUGAGUUUGACUUGGAAGACGACAUCGAGAACUCAAAGGGACCUCAGCAGAGACCGCCGCUACUCCAACAUAGCUGCUACGAGCUUCAUCAGGAAGUGCCAAUUUGCAUUUGCCCAACAUUAGGACAAGCUGCCAAAGCGGUUACAAGUCAGGGACAGCUGCAUGCACCACGCCAAGAUGAACGAACUCCGAUCUACAAGAAGUUAGUUGGUUUAGAAGGGAACUUGCUUGGAUUUUAG